AUGGUAGUGCUCCUCCUCACCCCAAUCCUCCUGAAGUUGCUUACUGCGUCUAGCUUGUUGCGAAGUAGAUGCGUCACCAUCCGUGCGGGGGAGGAAGGCGAAACACUCACAGUCCACGAGGCUGUUUUGUCUAAAUCUGGCUCGGCAUCCCGUGAGAAAUUGGUGCAGCCCGGCUGGAGGGAGUCGUGUGAAGGUUGCAUUGAUUGGACCCACACAAGCUCACAGACCGUCGAACGAGUCCUGGCCUACCUGUACUUCCGAGACUACGAAAGCCCAGAUCCAGUCCGGCGACAAACUCGAAGCCAGUCGAGGGGAGCGACUAGCGUCAGGCAAAGAUCUAAAGCAAGAGACGACACUCAAUCUGAUGCAGCUGCGGACGAAGAGGUCCAGGACACACCAGACGUCGAUGCAGUCGAAGAUGUCGUGAUAGAUGAUAAUGCGCCCUUUGGUUGGGUCGUCGAGGCUGCACCAGAGGCUGCAGAGUCCGUACCCGCAGAAAAUGAUCACCUAGAGGCUGAAGACCCAGGUCUCCAAACCGCAAUUCUCGAGUCAUGCGCCAUACGGCCGCUGACGCCGCUCGGUAGGUGUGUUGGGCUUGCACCCAUUAUGGCCUCACGUAAAACCGCCGGUGGAGCCUUUGAAGAGCAAGACUUUCCCUACGAAACCUACUCCUACCGAGAGCCACUGCUUGCCCAUGUGGAGGUUUAUAGUUUCGCAAAAUAUCAUCUGUUACCUGGACUACAGGAUUUGGCUCUGCAGCGGAUGAUAGUAACGUUAAGGAAAGUGGACUGCUCGACAAAAUAUGCAGAGGUAGAGAUAGCGGACCUCAUCGAAUUCAUCUACGCCAACAUUCCCGUCAAUGGAGAUGGCGAAGAACCGAUGAGGAAGCUUUUGUCUCAAUUUGCAGCGGCGAAUUAUACCUCUCUUCUGCAUGGCAGCUUCGAGGCGCUUUUCGCUCGCGGUGGUGAUUUCGCGCUCGAUCUGGCGCGAAAACUCUCACGACGCCUUUCGGCGCAUGGAAUUUCGGCCGAGUUGGGAGAAGAUGAAUUGGAAAGUCGGAUACAUGGUCUUGAGCUUCAAAUACAAGAGCGAGAAGAGACGAUCAAUUCGCUGAAGGCCAGCUUGAGCGAUUCGUUGGCUUGGGGUCGUGGGAUCAACCGUAAAGGACGGCGAAGAUAA